AUGGGAAACGUUUCUUCAGGAUCUCGAGAUGAAGACAGCAAAUCAUCCGUAUCCAUGCACUACCCAAGCAAUGUUUCGAAUAAUGGAGGUAGUAACAGUAAUUCAUCAUCACCAUCAAAUAGUGGCAGAAAAUUCAGUCGUGGUCGAAUGAAUUUCCUCACAGGCACCAAUCAAGUAGCUGUUACCACCAUGACAAAUUCGAAUCAAGUAGCCGAAACUCCAAGAAGUGGCGAUCCACUCAAUACCUCGAGAAGUAAUUCACCACUCAUGAUUGGUACCUCAUCAUCCUCUUCAAAUAAUAAUAAUAUUAAUUACCAUCAUCAACCAUCUACUAGUAAUGGAAGUAGUGGUACUUUUGUUCAUCAUCAAUAUUCGAGUAGUGGUGGAAGUACUUUUCAUCAUCAUACAUCAUCAAUGAUUUCCUCGUCAUCAUCAGAUCAUACGAUCAUUCCUAUUCAACUCCAAUCAGUGGAAUCUCUCCAAUUAAUUACCGAAUUAUACUACUCUGUCUAUUUACCUCACGAUUGGAAAGUACAAUUACUUCAAUAUGGAAGUAGUAAUAGCAAUAAUAUUUCUAAUUAUUCCCCACAACAACAACAAUUAAAUAAUGUAAAUAAUAGUAAUAAUAAUAAUAAUAUUAAUAUAAGCCAAUCUCCACCAUCAUCAUCAUCAUCGUCAUCAUCUUCUUCACCAUCAUCAGCAAGCCUUCAACCUCCAACACCAGUGAACACAAAUUCUUUAACAAAUUCUCCCGCCAAUAAUAACCAAUUAUCUACGACCCAAGUAAAUUCUCAACAACAAAAUGGCGCCACAACAACAACGAGCAACACAAAUAACAAUAUUCAACAAAAAAUCUUCUUCUCCAGCUAUGAUAGAAACUUUGAGAAGGAUUUCCUGGAGAUUUAUGUAACCUUCUCACCACAUAGUAUUGAGAAGGAGGCCCAGUUGGCCAUUGAAGAUAUUCAAGAAUUGUCGAGGAAUUAUGAUUCAUCAAAUUCUUGUUCUUCUUCGGGUGGUAAUAAUAAUUUACAUAGAACACCUUCAUCGAGUAUGAUGAGACAAGUUUCUGUUGUUGCUGCUUCACCUUCUCCAUCAUCUCCUUCAUCGUCAUCCUCUAGUAGUCAUUCAACAAUGCUCGAACCAAAAUUAGUGAAGGGAAUUACUCAUGUGGUGGAUAAACAUAUUCAACCAGAGAAGAAGGCUCUCUACUUUAUUAUUCAAUUUCACCAUGAAUUGUUACCACAGAAAUUAUUGUACAAGAAGAUUUACUUUAUUCAAGAUUCUAAUGGAUUAUUGUAUUGUUUAAUGCUAACAACAACAAGGAGGGAAUCUGAGAAUAUUCUGGGAUAUUCAUUGAAUUUAACUGUACCAACAAAGGGCUUGUUGAUUCCUUCGAUUAAUAUUCAACAGGAAUUAUUCAAUAAUGGAAAUGGUACACCUCCAACAUCAACUAAUCAUGAUGACAUUUCCAAAUUAACAGUGAGUCCUCCAUCAUCCAAUAGAAAUAGUGGAAAUCUCAGCCGUUCUUCAUCUAAUACUUCAGGUCUUGUGGAUUCUGUUGAUAAAACAGCAGAUUGUACCUCUCCUAAUAAUGAUAUCAUUUCCAAGAGAAAAAAUUCAAACACCAUUGCACAAAACAAUUCUAAAAAGAUGAAAAAGAGACUCUCAGCUGCAUUUUCAAGUAUUGGAGGUUCCAUGUUCGAAGAUGAGGAUGCAGCAGAAAUAUUCAGUAGUAAUCUCGUGUAUAGUAAUAACAAUAUUCCACCAAUUGAUGGUGCUGCUUGGAUUGACAUUCUUGUAAAGGAAUUUUUCACAGUCAAAUCCAUUUCUGAUCUCAAGAGAAAGACCUCAAAUUUGGACGGGGAUGGUAUUGUAUUGUCUGUACCAAUGUGCUUUAUUCCAUCACUUAGAAUAGAGGCAGAUGCUUGUUCUGGAGAGGAUGAAAUGGUGCGACACUUUGGCGUUGGUGAUUUUGGAAAGAGAUCUCAGGAUUACAAACUCAUUCUCUAUCAUCCUAUUCAAUAUCUUGCCAACAAGAAUCCAAACCAAACAAGAUCUAGAGAAACAUUGGAAAAUGUUUUUGUGACCUAUGUAAAUUUUGGAAAUACUACCUACAAGAAUAGAAUAGAAGAUUAUGGAGCACAAGCUUCAAACUUCACAGGAGUGUCAAUGGAAAAUAGUGGAAGCUUGCUUGAACAAUUUUACUCCACCACUUUCAAGGAGCAAGUUCUCAAGACGUGCACAAUUGUUUCUGUAAAGAAUGUAGAUUAUGAAGUUUCACUCUACUCUCAACAAUCAAACUCUGAAGUGGAUUCAACAGAGGGUGAAGUCCCAACUCUGAAGGCAAAAAUUGUAGAGCUAGCCUCAACAACCUACUCUGGACAUACAUUGAAGAAAGUAUGUUACUUGGUAGAACGAAAUGCUCGUGUUUGGAUUUUCACUUACACUUCAACUAGUAACCUCAUUGCAAGAGAAAUUUUUGAAGUAAUGAUGUCAGAAGUCAAGUAUUAUAAACUCGUUUAGUAAACUUUGAAUAAAUCAUAUCUUUGAAUUU